AAUAGAAUCAACAGGCAGUUCAUGAGAGCUAUUGCAAUCUAUUCGUGUACUAAAAAUAAUUAUUGUAUGAUGUGCGGAUAAGAGAAUGACCUUGGUCUCAUACUAGCUGUGGUUUGCUGUGCUCUGCUUUAAACAUGAAUAAAUGAUAACUCAUCGGAGGCCUUUAAACGCUUAACAAAAUUAUGGCAGAAUCUACCAUGGCUUGUUUUCGACGUGUACCAUGGUAUUCUAUGAAUACAUGGCAAUUUGGCAGGUUUUUGAAGAACGCUUGGAAUAAAGAGCCAGUGAUCACAGUUUCCUGUGGGAUCGGAUUGCUGGCUUGCCUUCUGCCGGCUUUGAGCCCUUUAACAAAAUACACAGGAAUGAUGAACCGAGCUAUUCCAUACAAUUAUCCAGUCCCAGUUCGAGAUGAUGGAAACAUGCCAGACGUUCCAGCGCAUCCCUCGGACCCGCAGGGGAAGAACCUGGAUUGGCUGAAAAACCUGUGAAAGCCCUUCAGAGUCAUGUACAGUCACACUCACCUUUACUUAUGUCUCAAUAAAAGCCCUUUAUUUAAUUACCCUAUAUAUAUUGUAUUGAUAUUGUAGAUUAUUUUAGUCUUUCACAAAAUAGACUUGCUUUAUCAGUAAUAAACACCAUAUCUUUUAUUCUGCUACAGUUUUGUAACAUUCAUGGGCUUUUAUCAUAAUAGUUUGUGUAUAGAGAGUGAAACAAGUCCAAACCACAGAGAUUAACUUUGUUUAUUGAAGUUCAUUUAAAAAACAAAGGGAAGAAAGGCUAUAAAGUUAUCAUGAAGUGAAAGCGUUCAAGAGUCCAAAAUGUGUGAGUGAGAGCACAAUGCUUUUAUAUCAGGCUGAGUCGUACAGUAAAGUCCUGCUUUAAAUGCCAGUGUUCGCUGUUCUCUGGGGUGUUUAAUAAAAGUACAGUGUGAGCAGGGAUCAAAGUUAAACUCACAAACUAAUACAGACUAACAUGCAGCGGCGUCCAAAAGUCUGAGAUGCUUUUCAUUUCAACUCGGAAACACAGUCUAGGAUUUAAAUGAAUUUAAUAUAAAGAAAUGAGCAUUAAUCAAGUGUACAGGUGCAUCUCAAAAAAUUAGAAUAUCAUGGAAAAGUUCUUUAUUUUUUGUUAUUUAAUUCAAAAAAGCCA